UCGAGUCAAGUUGUUGGCACCGCUCAUGACUGUGCUUUUUAGUUAGUCCAUGCACAUAUACCUAUCUCUUCUGGCAAUUUUCCCAAAAAUAGUUAUUCUUUAAUCAUCACUAAUAAUUUCUUAUUUUUUUCAAUCAACUUUACACUUUUCAUUGGCGCUGUCACGUGUAUUAUUUUUCUGCAAUAAUAAAAAAAAUUUCGAAAAGACUGGUGACUCGGAGGCCAUCGAAAUAUUGAAUCGUGCGACGACACAAUUGGGCGGUGGCCGCCGCCGCCGAUCGGACACCGGUCGUCCGUGUCGUGGACGAUGACGUGCCGGGACGACUGGUGCACCGGGGCGGACCAUCAUCGGGUGGCCAGUGCGCGUGCAGAUAGCGUGCGACGACCGGCAGGACAGCGUAAACAGCAACCACCCAGCCGUGUGGGGCAACACGAGCCGUCGCAGCAACAGCUGACGGGACAGCGGCGGCAGCAACUGCAGCAGCAACGGCGGUGAACGAUUGGGGGGCCACCGUGCAAUGGCGACGCCCCCCGACAGCCCGAUCAUCGAAGAGGCGACGCUAAUCGAGCUCGAGGAACAGCUGAACAACACGUCUGCGUUUCCGCACCCCAGGCCCGUCGCCCUAGAGGACCUGUGCCGGCAGACCAAGUUCACCAGACAAGAGAUCCGCAUCAUGUACAGGGGAUUUAAACAGAAAUGUCCGGAAGGAGUCGUUCACGAAGAUUUGUUUAAAGAUAUCUACUCCAAGUUUUUUCCACACGGAAAUUCGAAUUUAUAUGCUCAUUUUGUGUUCAAAGCAUUUGAUGUCAAGAGCAAUGGCGCAAUUAGUUUUAAAGACAUGCUAAUGACUCUAUCCACUCUGCUUCGCGGGUCUAUUUACGAAAAACUUAGAUGGACAUUUAAGCUAUACGAUUUAAAUGGCGACGGAUGCAUAACGAGGUCGGAGCUCAGUCAAAUCGUGUUAGCCAUCCACGAGCUGAUGGGCAAAAGACCACAAGGUCGUGGUAGUACUAAAUCCAAAGAUCACACUGAUAUGGUAUUCCAAAAACUCGACAUCAAUCAAGAUGGCGUGAUUACGUUUGAAGAAUUCAUCGAAUCAUGUUUAAAGGACGAGGCGAUCACAAAAUCAUUACAAGUUUUCGACUCCAGGUCCCUAUGAUUGUCGCUAUCCUCCACCGACUCUAUGGAAGUAUCACUUCUGUCGUUCGAUCAGUCUGCUGGUCAGUCGGAGGAGGAGCAAUGCAAUCAAAUACGGCAAGCAGACAACGAGUCUUCCCAAAACAAUAUUUUCUUUGAUUUCUAAUGUAUAUAAUAAUAUAAUAUUAUUAUACUGGCCGCUUUGGUUAAUGUUCGGGAACGUUCUUUUCAAAUGUAUUUGGCCGUUAAAAACUUCUAUACUGAUGUGCGAUUUUUUGAUUAAUUAUUUUUGUUCUAUUAAAUGUGGCUUUUAUCUGGCGCCAUUAUUGCUCGGUCCGUCCUAUAUAUUGUUACCGUGUUAAACGUAGCUAUAUUAUACUACAUACCAAACAUUUAUGUCUCGAUCUUUGUAGUUUUAUUAUAAUAAUUGUUUAAAUUUGAUGACUAUCAUAAAGUUUUGGUCUGGUUUUGUUAUCUCCUAGUGGAUAACUUGAAAAUAUUGAGAAUCAUAAUUGGCGAAGAUAAAAUAUUAUUGUUAAAUUGAACAAAAAAAAAAAAAUGUAAUAGUUAUAGGUAUAUGUCUAAAAAUGACACGUUGGGUAGCAUUAAAUUAUCGUGUGGAAUUAUUAUUGAGUGAUUACUACCUAAUUACUUAUUACUUAUAUAUUCAUGUAUAUUAUAUAUAUAUAUAUAUAUAUAUAUAUUAUCUUAUGGGCAUGUCAAUAAUAAUUAAUAUGUUUAUGACAUACAAUUACAUAUUGCUCACAUGUUAUACAUACGUAUUGUACUCGGGAUGAUCAGAAAUUUGUGAAUAAAAAAUAAUAGAAAACUCAUGGGAUUCGUAUAAAAAUAUGCAUAAUUUUUUUGAAAUAAAUUUCUCAUCAGGCUGCUUACACUUUUAUACAUAUAUAUAUAUAUAUACAUGUGUGUUAUUUUUGUGUGUGUAUAUUCUCGUGUGUGUGUGUGUAUAAUUUAGUUCAUGGUUUUUGUUCCUGAAGCGAUAUUAUUUAAAUUUUAAAUUCUUGUUCAUUACGUAUGCAUAGGAAACUAACUUGUAUAAUAAUCAAGCAAACACAUUUGUACCUAUUGAGUUUGUAAAUAUUCCGUUCUUACUUUUAAUGGCUAAAUAUUUGCACCUUAAUAUAUUUUAGUUUAAGCAUUAAAGUUAAUGUCAUAAAUAUAAAUUCUAUAUUAUGUAAGUAGGUAAUGAAAAUUACAGUUUUUAUAUUACUAUAAUAAUUGCAAGUCGAUUAGACUUUUUUUUUCGAAUUUCUUAUUUAUUGGAUAUUUAAUUAAUCCAAUUUAAUAAGCACAUACAUAAAAUAAUAGUCUGUUUAGUUAACUUUUUAAAUGUAUAUUAAACGUAUACGUCAAAUCUAUGCUUAUAGUAAUACUAUAAUAGAUUUGGCUUAAAUAAAAUAGCAUAAUAAUAUUGCACGUUGUUAAUGAGCAAAAAUGUUUUGUUAGCGUAUAAUUGAGUAAACACGUGGUAUAAAAAUAUUAAUUAAAUAUUCCUUUUUUUCUAUUUAUACCUUAUUAUUGUUACUAAAUAAACAACAAGUAUAAUAUUGUGAAAUGCCAUAAUUUUAAUUAUUAUUAUUUUUUAAAUAUUUUAUGUUCAUUUUUUUUAAUUUGAUUAUUUGAGUUUGAUUUAAUAUAAAUUUUAAAUUUGUUUUAUUAGAUUUUGAAUGAAAUAAAUAAUUGUAUUUGAUCUAUA